AUUACCGUCUGUGGUUUAAUUUUGAUAGCUGGGGAAAUUGUUUUAUUAUUGCAUCAAGAAUUUUUUCUUAUCAUAUUCUAUUUCAAAUAAAUCAAAUCGAAGAUAAAAAAAGCUAUUUUAUACUCAUAUGAGAUUUUCCAUUUCAAAUAUUCGUUCAAUACUUCAUAUUCUUUUUAGUAUCACCGAUAAUGGCACAGAACGCAGUAGAACCAAUGCAAGUGGAUGCACCACCUGAAGAUAAUGAUAACAUUGAUGAGGAGACAUACAAUGUUGAGAAUCCAACACUUGAUUUAGAAGUAUAUGCGAACAGCUAUACGGGAUUAGCUAAGCUGUAUAGAUUAUCUUUUAUUAUGGACCAUUGCCCUUCUAUGAGGCUAGAAGCUUUAAAAAUGGCUAUACAAUAUGUCAUGACCACUUAUAAUGUCAACUUGUACCAACUUUUUCAUCAAAAACUACAAGAAGUCAUUACUACAGUAAAUGUUCCGGAUGUUGCUUCUUCAUCUACUUCUCAAGAUAUACCUGUCAUUGAUCAUUCAUGGAUGGAAACUCGGGCUAAAAAAGCAGCUCUUAAAUUAGAAAAACUAGAUAAUGACUUGAAGAAUUAUAAAGCAAAUUCAAUCAAAGAAAGUAUAAGAAGAGGUCAUGAUGAUCUUGGAGAUCACUAUUUAGAUUGUGGUGAUUUAUCUAAUGCUUUAAAAUGUUACUCAAGAGCUAGAGACUAUUGCACUAGCGGAAAACAUGUGGUUAACAUGUGCUUAAAUGUGAUAAAAGUUUCAGUUUAUUUACAAAAUUGGUCUCAUGUACUCAGCUAUGUAUCCAAAGCAGAAGGUACUCCAGAUUUCACUGAAUCAACCUCGCAAAAUAAAGAACUCCAUCAACUUACAGUAACCAAGCUUAAAUGUGCAGCUGGAUUAGCAGAAUUGGCCACUGGAAAAUAUAAAUCAGCUGCUAAACAUUUCCUUUUAGCAAAUUUAGAUCAUUGUGAUUUUACAGAAGUUUUAUCUGCAAAUAAUGUUGCAAUGUAUGGUGGACUCUGUGCACUAGCAACCUUUGAUCGACAUGAAUUGCAAAAAAAUGUCAUAUUUAGCAGCUCUUUUAAAUUAUUUUUGGAGUUAGAACCACAACUGAGAGAUAUAAUAUUCAAAUUUUAUGAAUCAAAAUAUGCUUCAUGCUUACAGUCAUUGGAACAGAUAAAAGAUAAUUUAUUACUUGAUUUAUACUUAGCACCUCAUGUUAAUAAUCUCUAUACUCGAAUUCGUAAUAGGGCUUUAAUACAAUAUUUCAGUCCUUAUCUUUCUGCUGAUAUGCAUAAGAUGGCAAUAGCAUUCAACAGGUCAGUCAGUGCUUUAGAAGAUGAAUUAAUGCAACUUAUUCUUGAUGGACAGAUUCAAGCAAGAAUAGAUUCGCAUAAUAAGAUUUUAUACGCUAAAUAUAUUGAUCAAAGAAGUACUACAUUUGAAAAGAGUUUGGCAAUGGGAAAGAAGUAUCAAAGAAGGACAAGGAUGCUGAUAUUGAGAGCUUCAGUCUUAAAGUACAAAAUACAUGUGAAGAGUCCUCAAAGAGAUACUAGUGGACAUGGUGGAGAAACAACAAUAGCUCCUGGUACUAGCUCUAUUCUCAUACCUAAAAAUUGAGAUUCUAUUUUUGAAUUCAUCUGUCCUAAUAGAAAAUGUAAAACAAGUUACUGUUUCUAAUAAUGUGUGUAUUAUAUAUCUUUCGAUAUCAAUAUGCCAUAAAUACUAGUGAAUUUUGAAAUAAGUAUUAUAUUGGUAAUGCAAUCAAAAAUGUGAAUGAAGAAAAAUAAAUAAAUGCUUCCUUUCUUUUUA